CUGGUCCGCUGCGUUACUCAACAAUGCCGUUCCUCAGUAGUCCUUCCCUCCCUUCCCUCUCUCCUCUCCUCCAAUCGAGCUCUCUGUGAGCAGUAAUCUCCACACGCUCCUGCUGCCUCACAGCUCUCUCUGCACUGCCACAGCACAUCUCUCUCUCCCCUCGGCUCAGCUCUCCCCCCAGUGAGGAUGAUAUCCCCCAAUUUGAUGAACCAGCGAAGCUCUCAUAUCGGCUGGUGGCUUCCGAGGGAGACCCCACAUGAACGGGCUUACUGGACAAGGUGGUGCCGCGUCUAAGGAUCCUCAUCAGCUGCACCAGUCUUUGGAGUAGUGACCACAUCCAUCCACUCUCUGGAUCAAAACGUCUCCUCACUUCAAAACUGCAUCACAAACUCCAAGAAACGGACACAUGUCACAGGUAUUACUCUUCACAUGGUUGAGCAGGAGAUCUCACUCGUCCAGAGGAAGAUGUCUGACCUGGAGUCAGUGCUGCAGCAGAAGGAUAUCGAGUUAAAGGCCUCAGAGACCCAAAGGACCAUCCUGGAACAGGACCUGGCAACCUAUAUCACUGAAUGUAGUAGUCUAAAGCGCAGCUUGGAACAGGCUCGAAUGGAGGUGUCACAGGAGGACGAUAAGGCCCUGCAGCUCCUGCAUGACAUCCGGGAGCAGAGCAACAAGCUGCAGGAAAUCAAAGAGCAGGAAUAUCAUGCCCAGCUGGAGGAGAUGCGAGUUUCCAUCAGACAACUGGAGGAGGACCUGUCUGCUGCUCGUCGCCGUAGCGACCUGUAUGAGUCCGAGCUGAAAGACUCUCGUCAGACCAGUGAAGAGCUGAAGAGGAAGGCUGCCGAAUACCAGCACAGGAUACAGAAGGCCAAAGAGCAAGGCAAAGCAGAGGCCGAGGACAUGAUGACCAAGCAGGAGAAGAGCAACGCUGAGCAGCAGAUGAGGAUUCAAGAUCUUCAGGAGAAGCUUUCCAAGUCUUUAAAGGCCAGCGCUGAAGCGACUGACCUCCUCCAGACGAUGAAAAUGACCAAAGAGCGCUUAGAGCGAGACUUUGAGAGGCUUCAACACAAAGAAGACUCCAGUGACAGCCUGCGCAGACGCCUUCGAGAGACCGAGGAUGGAAGAAAGACUCUUGAGAACCAGGUGAAACGGCUCGAGAUCGUCGAGCGCCGGGAGACCAAACUGAAGGAUGAGCUCCAGAGCAAAGCCCAGCAGAUUCAGCAGAUGGCUGAUAAGAUUCAGGAGCUGGAGGAGAACCUGAGAGAGACUCACACCACAGCCCAGCGGUUGGAGAGUCAUCUGAAGCAGAAGGAGAAGCUCUACGAAGACAAGAUAAAGGUGUUGGAGUCCCAGAUGAAGGCGGACAUGGCCGAUAAGGAGAUGCUGGAGUCCAGUCAGAGCAAGUACGAGGAGGAGGUGCGGGAGAAAUGCAGCGUCAUCAGUGAACAGAAGGCGACCAUAAACGCUAUGGACUCUAAGAUGAACAGCCUGGAGCAGAGAAUUUCUGAGCUGUCUGAGGCCAACAAGCUCGCAGCCAACAGCAGUAUCUACACCCAGAAAAACAUUGUCUGUCUCACCGGCAGGAAAGCCCAAGAGGAGAUGAUCUCAGAGCUUCGCCAGCAGAAGUUCUACUUGGAGUCUCAGGCCGGGAAGUUGGAGGCCCAGAAUGCCAAACUGGAGGAGCAUCUAGAGAAAAUGAGUCAGCAGGAGCAAAGCAAUAAGAGCCGCGUGGGGGAGCUGGAAACACGGCUCCGAGAGAUCGGGCUGGAGCACGAGGAACAAAAGCUGGAGAUCAAGCGCCAGGUGACAGAGCUGACCCUCUCGCUGCAGGAGCGUGAAUCACAGAUCAGCAACCAGCAGGCAGCUCGCCACACUCUGGAGAGCCAGCUACAGCAGGCCAAGUCGGAGCUGGAAGACACCACGGCCGAAGCUGAAGAGGAGAUCACCGUGCUCAGAGCACACAGAGACGAUAUCCAACGCAAGUUUGAUGUCUUGAGAGACAGCUGUGCAGUGAUCACCGACCUCGAGGAGCAGCUGACCACGCUGACUCAGGAGAAUGCCGAGCUGAACCGGCAGAACUUCUACCUGUCCAAGCAGCUGGACGAGGCGUCUGACGAGAGAGAGGACCGGCUGCACCUCAGCCAGGAUGUGGACCGGCUGCGUCGAGAGGUGGCAGACCGUGAAAUGCACCUCAACAACCAGAAACAGAACCUGGAGACCCUGAAGACGACGUGCACCAUGCUGGAGGAGCAGGUUCUGGAGCUGGAGACCCUCAACGAUGAGCUGCUGGAGAAGGAGAGGCAGUGGGAGGCAUGGAGGUCGACCCUGGAAGACGAGAAAAGCCAGGCUGAGAGGAGGACCAGGGAGAUCCAAAGACUGCUGGACACAGAGAAACAGAACAGGCUUCGUUCAGAGCAGCGCUGCUCGGAGUCCCGCCAGGCCGUGGAGCAGGCGGUGAAGGAGCACAAAGCGGAGAUCCUGGCUCUGCAGCAAGCUCUCAAAGACCAGAAACUGAAAGCUGAGAGCCUUGCUGACACUUUGAAUGAUCUGGAGAAGAAGCACGCCAUGCUGGAGAUGAACGCCCGCAGUUUGCAGCAGAAGCUUGAGAGUGAGAGGGAUCUGAAGCAGAGGCUGUUGGAGGAGCAAGAGAAGCUUCAGCAGCAGAUGGACGCUCAGAAGACACACAUCUUCCGUCUGACCCAGGGGCUGCAAGACGCUCUCGAUCAGACUGACCUGCUGAAGACGGAGAGGACCGACCUGGAGUACCAGCUGGAGAACAUCCAGCUCCACCUGCAGGCUGUGUACUCUCAUGAGAAGGUGAAAAUGGAGGGGACCAUCACCCAGCAGACCAAGCUCAUCGAUUUCCUCCAGGCUCAGGCCCACGGCGGCUCCAAGAAGAAGAAGGGUCUGUUUGGGCGACGGCGAGAGGAUCUGUUGGCUGCCAUGGCUGCUCAGGCCCAGGCUCAGAGUCAGAGUCAGGGCCCGGUUUCUCCUGUGCCCCCCCUCCAGCCGGUGCCUCUGCAGUACAGCGACAUGAAGGUCGCUCUGGACAAAGAACGCACCCGCUGCACUGAGCUGGAAGAAGCUCUGCAGAAAAUGAGAGCAGAGCUACGGUCACUACGAGAGGAAGCGCUUCAGUAUAAGGAUCACGGUAACUCGGCCAACCCCGCCACAGCACGGCAGCAGAUGGUUAUGUCUGCCAUGGUGAAGUCUCCCGAGCACCAGCAGGGUCCCACCGGCCUUGCACCCUCCAACUCUGGGCGAAGGAAGGAGACUGCUACACCUGAGGAGAGAAGGAGGGUCACUUUUGAAAAGUAUAGCCGUCGUUUGAAGGACAGUCAGAGAGACAGAGAGAGGGAAAGAGAGAGGGUGGUGCACCACAACACUGCUCACCGCUUCACAGUCGGACUCAACAUGAGAGCUGCCAAGUGUACUGUGUGCCUGGAUACUGUGCACUUUGGUCGCCAAGCUGCUACUUGUCUCGAAUGUCAUGCUCUGUGCCACCCAAAAUGUUCGCCCUGCCUUCCAGCCACGUGCGGCAUGUCCAGCGACUGCUCCCUGCAUCUGUCUGAUGGCCUGUGUCGAGACAAAGGCAGCUCCUCAGCCCAACAGCUCAAAGAGGCCGGUGGGCACAUGCACCUGGAGGGCUGGAUGAAACAGCCCAGGAAUGGGAAGCGAGGCCAGGGCUGGGAAAGAAAGUAUGCGGUCCUGGAUGGAACUAAAGUGUCUAUCUACGAGAUCGAGCCCAGAGAAGACUCAGUGAAGCCACUGGAGGAGUUUGACUUGUGUCUGUCAGAUGGAGAGGUGGUAGUUCAUGGAGCCGUAGGGGCCUCUGAGCUACCCAACACUGCCAAGUCAGAUGUUCCCUAUGUCCUAAAGCUGGAGGCACGUUGCCACACCCCCUGUUGGCCUGGACAGGCUAUUUACUUCAUGGCGCCCAGCUUCCCAGACAAACAGCGCUGGGUGGCGGUCAUGGAGUCUGUUGUCGCCGCCGGGCGAGCCUCACGGGAGAAGGCCGAGGCGGACGCAGCUGCUGUGUCCAAAAGACAAAUGGUUCUGUCUCCUCUGGUUCAGAAGCUGCUGGGAAACUCUCUCCUGAAGCUGGAGGGGGAUGACAGGCUGGAUAUUAACUGCACCCUCCCACUCACAGAUCAGAUUGUUCUGGUGGGCUCUGAAGAGGGUCUCUACGCUCUGAACGUCAUCAAGAACUCUCUGACUCACAUCCCUGGACUGGGGUCGGUGUUUCAGAUCCACGUCAUCAAAGAGCAGGAGAAGCUGCUGAUGAUUGUCGGCGACGAGCGGGCUCUGUGUCUGGUGGAGAUUAAGAGAGUAAAGCAGUCUCUGGCCCAGUCCCACCUCCCCAGCCAGUCUGAGCUGGCCCCGUACAUCUUUGAGACGGUGAAGGGCUGCCAUCUCUUUUCUGCUGGGAGAAUAGACAACGGGCCGUGUAUAUGCGCUGCAAUGCCCAACAAGAUUACAAUCCUGCGCUACAAUGAUAAUCUCAACAAAUACUGCAUCAGGAAGGAGAUUGAAACUCUGGAGCCUUGCAGCUGCAUCCACCUGACCAGCUACAGCAUCAUCAUCGGCACCAACAAGUUCUACGAAAUUGAGAUGAAGCAGUUUGUGCUCGAAGAGUUCCUGGACAAGAACGAUGUGUCCCUUGCCUCUGCGGUGUUCGCGGUCUCGUCCCACAGCUUCCCCAUCGCCAUCAUGCAGGUGGCCAGCAACCUGCAGAAGGAGGAGUACCUGCUGUGCUUUCACGAGUUUGGAGUAUUUGUGGACAUGUAUGGACGGAGAAGCCGCACUGAUGACAUCAAGUGGAGCCGUCUGCCGCUCUCCUUUGCCUACAGAGAGCCCUACCUGUUCGUCACCUACUUCAACUCCCUGGAUGUCAUCGAGGUGCAGGGACACGCUUCUCUCUGUCCUACAGUGCUGGCCCACCUGGACAUCCCCAACCCUCGCUACCUGGGCCCAGCCAUCUCCUCUGGAGCCAUCUACCUGGCCUCCUCCUACCAGAACAAGCUGCGGGUCAUCUGCUGUAAGGGGAGUCUGAUUAGGGAGUCUGGAGAGCUGCAGAGGACCGGCUCCAGCAGAGGAAGUCCCAGUAAGCGAGGCCCGCCCACGUACACAGAGCACAUCACCAAGCGUUUGACCUCGGGCCCCGGUAGCCAUGAUGGCCUGCACCGGGAGCCCAGCACCCCACACCGUUACCGCGAGGGCCGCACUGAGUUCAGACGGGACAAGUCUCCUGCCCGACCUCUGGACAGGGAGAAGUCUCCGGGCCGGGUGCUGGACAGUCGCAGGGAGAGGUCUCCAGGGAGGUUUGGAGACAGCUCCCGACUCCAUGCUGGGUCUGUCCGGACACAACUCGCACCCGUUAACAAGGUGUGGGAUCAGUCAUCGGUGUGAGUCCAGGUCGCUCAGGAUUGGGGUUGAAGAGAAACCUUUGAGAGAUCGUUGAUCCACUCUGAGUGCAAGCACACACACACACACACACACACAUCGUCUCACACACACACACGACUCAGGCUGUCAGCCACAUUGCCUGUACAUAGUGCAGUUAGUUCCUCGUCCUACGACACAUAAACCUGCACUGAGAGAUGUCUCCUGCGACAAUCCUCUUUUCUGACUUGAGCUUACAUUGGGCGAGAUCCCGCGGUCGAUUGGGUGGCAGGGAAACUUUGCUGAUCUACCAAGAAAUAGAAUCUACUUUAUAAGAUAUUUAAAAAAAAAAGUUGUAUAUAUUGCAGUGUGAGUUUUUAUAGAAAAUGGGAACAGUCGGCUGGGGAAGCCACGUCUAUUUUUUUUAAAAACGAGUUUGUAAAGAUGAUGCAGGGAGAUUCUUGAUGACGUUGGUUAGGAAAUAAAAGAUCAACAUUUCAUUAGAGUCUGAUGGAAUCAUGUUCAGUUUCCUUUCUGUGCAGAAAAUAAAACAUUUAAUUUCUCCUAUAAAUAAUGAAGAGAAAGAAGGUGGGACAAUUUGCACAGCAGUCUGGACUUGAACAGGACUUAAAACCUCCAUCUUGUUACACGAGCAGUUGUCCUCGCUUGGGAUCAAACCUGCGGUCCUCUCGACUAUAAAGCCUUUUAAUAUAUAACUGCAUAUAUUUGCUUUAUUGACAGUUGUCGCCCAGCCAUAGUUUGCAAAACAAUUAUUACGCAAUGUUUAGCUCCAAGUGUUCCUUGUGUUGUUUUAAGCUAACCUAAGAUCAAGAAACCUGCAGCUCUGCCUCUUAAUGCUGGACGUCGUGCGGCCAGGCUGGCUGGUGCCGCUUCAGCUUGCUCCGAGUCUGCCGCCCACCGCUGCUGCUCAUUAUGGUACAGAUGUCCUGUUUCUGUGCAGUGAAUAUGAAGUCUAGUAAUUUGUCAGGGGUUGUUACUUUCUAGCAUUGUUUCUUUAGCGCCGGUAAGAGCACGCCCCCUCGUCACAUCAGUGAGCAUGACUAACUUAGAGCAGCACUCGUCGCUUUUUGAUCUUGAUUCUCUCUAUUGGUUGUUCUUUUCUGUCAUGUGUUCACUUGACUUUGCAUACAAUAAGUAGACAUUGAUGUAAGACAGUGAUUUAAGAUUUUCUUGAUUUUUAGAGCUGUAAAACAGUACGUGCAUUAAACAUGGUUGAAGUGUC